AUGGGUAAACCGCGGAUGAUCAUCUUGAUCCGCCAUGCGCAGUCGGAAGGAAACAAAAACCGUGAAAUCCACCAAACGAUCCCUGAUCAUCGGGUCAAGCUCACACCCGAAGGACAUCGACAAGCGAAGGAGGCGGGUAGCAAGCUGCGUGCCCUUCUACGGCCCGAUGACACGAUACACUUCUUUACCUCCCCCUACCGUCGGACUCGGGAGACUACAGAGGGAAUUCUCGAGUCUUUGACCUCCGAUACUCCAUCCCCGUCGCCAUUUCCCAGACAUACCAUCAAAGUAUACGAAGAACCACGGCUGCGAGAGCAGGACUUUGGCAAUUUUCAGCCAUGCUCUGCGGAGAUGGAGCGGAUGUGGCUGGAAAGGGCAGACUAUGGACAUUUCUUCUAUCGAAUCCCGAAUGGCGAAUCUGCUGCGGAUGCCUAUGAUCGAAUCAGCGGCUUCAAUGAGUCGCUCUGGCGUCUGUUCGGGGAGAAUGAUUUUGCCAGUGUCUGCGUACUGGUAACCCAUGGACUCAUGACGAGGGUCUUUCUAAUGAAAUGGUAUCACUGGAGUGUUGAAUACUUCGAAGAUCUACGCAACAUCAAUCACUGCGAGUUCGUCAUCAUGAAGCUCAAUCCAGACAACGGGAAAUAUGUGCUCCAGAACAAGCUGCGCACAUGGUCGGAGCUGAGGAAAGAGAAGGAAAGCGAAAGACAACGGGAGCGAGCGAGCAAAGACCUCACGCCUGCCCCGUCUCCCCCGAUCAGACGCAAAUGGGGUGGAUGUCCCGACGGCUGUAACCAUGACCUCCACAGAAAAAGAUCCUUACGAUCUUCACGGACGACUGGCGGUGACCUGACGCGUGUUAGGAGUGAGGCGCAACUCUCCACGAGAAGUAAUGCCGAUCAGCAAUACAUCACAGCCCCCGAGCCAGCUCUAGGAGACCGUUCCUCAGACAUUAGACCUGUGGACCAGACUGUUGCCCCCUCUGACGAUUCCUCGAAACGUGACUUGGAAGCUACUUCGCAACCCACAAUUCUCCCCACAGACUGUGAUGCCGACACCGACUUCAAUACUCAAACAUCCAAAAGCCCCAGCCCUCAUCCCAGGCCACCCGCUGCUUCGAGCCCCAGCCCGAUACCCAGGCGGCCCGACCUAGCCAAAUUUCACCGUGACAGCGAAGAUCAUCUCCUGCACCCACCAAGGUCUAACUACGCUCUCUUCCACCUCGGCGGUCGCGACGGCGGAGGCUCCCUGAGUGGCGCGAACAGCGUCGCUCCGUCCGAGGACGAGCGCGAAGACCCAGGUUUUUCCGGUGACCGACUCGACCAGCACAAGCCGAAGUCCUCGCAGGAUUUCGCAGACGACGGCGACGACGAAAGCCACAGCAAGCAGGUGCAACGACCGAAACGGACGCGCUCACAUCAUAGCCACAACCAUAGCCGUCACAACCCCAGCCCCAGCCACAACCACACUCACCACUCAGCCUCGGUGAAACGCAGCAACUCCAAGAAGGGAGCAAUGCACAUCGGUGACACGGACAGAUCGCAAGAUCCCACGCACACCCCUGCCGAACCACCCGCCCAACAAGAUAUUCGUAACAACCACUCCCACUGCGAGCACCAAUCUCGGCAUGCCGACGUACACGCGAACGACGACGACGACGAUGACACAGAUGACGGAGACGACGUCCACGCCGAGCUCGAAGCCGAACGGCAGCGAGACCAGAGUAUCAGAGGGAGUGUCUACUGA